CCCUGCCUCCUCCUCCCUUCCAACCUUUCUCUCCCUCAGGUGGAAGAACAAAAGAAAAAAAAAUGGAAACAACCAAAAUCCAAUAGCCAAAAGAAACCCAAAACAACCAAUAAGCGUCAAACUUUUUUCCGCCAUAUUUUUAUGGUAUUUCCCCCCUGCCGAUAACUUCUUCCCCACCUGUUCUUAGAUUUUCUUCCCUCCCUGAUUCUGUUUUCCGGUUGGCAGGCUGAACCCAGAAUCAGAACAGCAACAAAAUGGCGUACAAAGUGGAUCACGAGUACGAUUACCUCUUCAAGAUCGUCUUGAUCGGCGACUCCGGCGUCGGCAAAUCCAACAUCCUCUCCAGAUUCACCCGCAACGAGUUCUGCCUCGAAUCCAAAUCCACCAUCGGCGUCGAAUUCGCCACCAGGACCCUCCAGGUGGAAGGGAAAACGGUGAAGGCGCAGAUAUGGGACACGGCCGGGCAAGAGAGGUACAGAGCAAUUACAAGCGCGUACUACAGGGGAGCCGUGGGAGCGCUACUGGUCUACGACAUAACGAAGCGGCAGACGUUCGACAACGUGCUGCGGUGGCUCCGCGAGCUGCGCGACCACGCGGACUCCAACAUCGUGAUCAUGAUGGCCGGGAACAAGUCCGAUUUGAACCACCUGAGGGCGGUGUCGGCGGAGGACGCCCAGAUGUUGGCGGAGAAGGAAGGGCUCUCGUUCCUCGAGACGUCGGCGCUCGAAGCGUUCAAUGUGGAGAAGGCAUUUCAGACGAUCUUGCUUGACAUCUACCAGAUCAUCAGCAAGAAGGCGUUGGCCGCUCAGGAAGCGGCCAAUGCCUCUGGAGUGCCGCAGGGGAAGUCCAUUAACGUCGCCAAUCUCAAUGGUAACGCUAACAAUAAAACCUGCUGCUCCAAUUGAUCUGAGUUUCCGGAUUUUUCAUUUUCCAUUUUUUGCCCUGAAUUCAUCUGUUAAUUUUUGUUUGAUCUCUAUUGGGUUUCUGCUUUCUGCUUGUUUACGGGUCCGUAAUGUAUUCGAUGAUGGUAGAGCUUUUUAGUUUGUGAUGAUCAAAGAGAGAAAUGGGUAGACAAGAAUUUUUCCUUUUGUUCCUUUUGUUUUUGUGUUUUGUGUGUUUUUGGCUGUCGAUGGUUAGUAUAGGUGGGGGUUAAGUAUUUGUAAGGAUUUUGUAUGAUCAUUACUGUUUGUGCUUGUAAUCACUAAUCAUAUGCUAAUUUCUGUCACAUUCACUAAUUGUUUAAUGUUAAUUGUGAUAGUAAUGAAUUUUUUUCUCAAGUUAUUGCCUUG